AUGCCUCGUGCUAAUAGUCGACUUCGUACAAAUAAUUUAUCUUAUGAAAUUAAUGCAUCAAAAAAAGCUAUUUAUCGUAUACAAUCUCAAACAGAUCAAGAACGAUCUACUUUUAUAAUAAAUACAUUUACACAAUUCUUUCACGAUGGAAUAAAAACCAAUCCCGAUGCAUUUCGUUCACGAUUUCGUAAGAUGGCUGCAACACCAUUUAAUUUUUAUCGUGGUUCAGCAAUACUUUUUUAUCAAGAUUUAAAAAUUGAUAAAGAUCCAUACAUCGAAAAAAAUCAUGCUGCUGGACACAUAUUUAUUCAUGGUGAUUUACAUGCACAAAAUUUUGGUACUUAUUUAGAUUCUAAUGGUGUUUUAAAUUUUGAUGUUAAUGAUUUUGAUGAAAGUUACUUAGGUCCAUUUACAUGGGAUGUUAAACGUUUACUUGCUUCAUUGAGUAUUGUAUGUUAUUCAAAAGGUUUUUCUGAUGAUGACAUAAAGCAAGUCUUACAUGUAUGUGUUGAAACAUAUUUAAAACAAGUGAAAGAAUUUUGUCGAAAAUCAGAUGAUCAUUUUAGUUUAACAUUACAAAAUACAUCUGGUAAAAUAAAACAAUUAUUAAAUGAAACACGAAUUAAAUCUCAUGUUGCAUUAUUAAAUAAAUUAACAAAUAUUGAAAAUUAUGAUAGAAAAUUUAUUCGAUCAAAAUAUGUUCAAAAUGUUGAUAAAAUUUUAUAUGAAAAAUUAAUGCGUGCAUUUCAACAAUAUUUAGAUUCUAUACCUGAAAAUAAAAAAUAUUCAGAUCGAGGUUUUAAUGGUGGAGAAUUAACAUAUCAUAUAAAAGAUAUUGUUCAAUGUUCAUCACCUGGAAUUGGUUCAGCAGGAAAAAUAUCCUAUUCAUUUUUACUUGAAGGAUGUAGUGAAACAUUAGAAAAUGAUAUUAUUCUUUAUUUAAAACCAGCACAAAAAUCAGCUGUUUCAUAUGUUGUCACCAAUGAACAAACAGAAACAUUCUUUCAAAAUGAUGGUCUAAGAACUGUUUUAUGUUCAUAUGCAAUGCAAGCAUCAACACCAAGAUGGUUAGGACAUACAACAUUAAAUUCAAUAGCAUGUAUGGUUGAUGCUGUUACAGCACAUUCAGCAGAUUUAGAUUGGUCAGAUAUAAAUGAUUUAAAUGAUAUAUUAGAAGUUGUUCAAUAUUUAGGAAAAGCAACAGCAAAAAUUCAUUGUAUAGCUGAUUCAGAUUGUGUUAAUACUCCAAAGGACAUAGAGUGUUUACCAUUUUCAUUAAUUCCGAAGAAUAUUGAAAAAACAAUUUACGAUGCUAUUGCUGGGCAAGAAAAUGAAUUUAUUCAAGAUAUGAUUGAAUUUGGAAUGAUCUAUGGUGAAUUAGUACGACGUGAUCAUUAUCUAUUUUUUGAAGCCUUUAGAAAUAAUCAAAUUCCAGGUCUUUAA